AUGGCUCCACCAAAAAAGUUAGGCUCUCCAAUCGAGCUACCAGUCCGCAGGUCAACAGUUAUACCCGUUACGCUUUUCCCAUCGGUAUCUUUCCGUAAGGAUCACAGAAGAGGCGAGUUCGUCAAAUAUGGGUCUCCAUACAACCAGGAAGACCGACUCUUUUUUGGACUAAACCCUCCUUGGAACAAUGUCCAUGCCAUUGAAUUCAAGGAAGGCCGCCCAGUCAGCUUCGUGACCCAUCAAAAGGUUGAAACCAAGAACAUUUCUCUGGACCGUAUCAGGCAGAUUUCACAUGCAAAUGUGCUGGGCUUCAAGGAAGUAUUUAUCCUAAAGGAUAUUAUUUACUUCCUCCGGGACCAAUGGGGUCUUACUUUAAACGAGAUUUUGCAGCUAUCUCCAGUCUUUAACCUCAGUGAGGUGGAAGUUGCUGUUAUUUGCAGGGCUAUUCUCCAAGGACUAAGGUAUAUCCACGAGCAAGUGGAUAUUUGCUACGGGAAUCUGACAUGUUCAGAUAUUCUUAUUAAUGAACAAGGCGAGGUGCGAAUUGCGGGCAUUGGGAACAGCAUACUCCAGAAGCCCGAUCCUCUAGGUAAAGCUAAGGAUAUCCAGGCUGUCUGCCACAUAGCCCGCAAACUUCUCAGAGUCGAGGAAGCUGUCGAUGUGCGCGGCACUGCUGGGCUUCUGGCCCAAGAUUUUGCCGGUGCUCCCCCAGCAACGACAGCGAAAGGUCUUCUUCAGCAUCCAUUUUUAGAGGUUAGCGCAACUCAAUGGUGCCUUCGCCCGCUUCAUAUCCUUUGCAAGAUUGCCCGAGAAAGGAAAUAUGAAGUAGAGAGUACUUGA